UUAAGUGCAAAGUAUGCUAUUACAAUAGCACGUUAAUCCUACCCAUUGGAUUGAAUUAUUUUAAAACAUUUUUGCUUUCCUUGAUUUUGCAACUUUUGCCACUAUAAAAUCUAAGAUUUGUACUCUCCAUUACCAUCCCAACAGAAACACUACAUUGAUUAGGUAGUACAAGUUCGACCUAAUUAAUUAUGGAAAACCUUGUUUUUUCUUUGGUUCUUUUCUCACUGGCCCUGGCUAUGCCAUGGGCCAAUGCUACUGACCAAGGCCCCGAAGAAGCAUGGUUUCGGAGCCUUUGCCAAGGCAAAGAAAAAGUAGCCCAACUGCGUUUUUACAUACAAGAUGCACUGAGCGGCCCGAACGCAACCGUGUGGGAGGUAGCCCGUUCCAACAUCACAUCGACUUCGCCCACAUCAUUCGGUCAAGUGAGGGUCAUCGAUGACCUCAUCACUGCUGGGCCCGACCCGAGUUCGAUGAAAUUGGGCCGGGCCCAGGGGUUGAUCACCAUGGCCGACUUGCAAGUGCCGGCCAUUGCUAUGAACAUCAAUUUCUACUUUAGUGCUGGAAAGUACAACGGGAGUACGCUUUGCAUUCUUGGGAGGAAUCAAAUACUGAGUCCGAAUCGCGAGUUGCCGGUUGUGGGUGGGACCGGUGCUUUCAGAAUGGCGCGUGGGUACUCGAUAUCCAACACUUACUCUUAUGAUAUUGUUGCCAAUUAUGGUGUUCUAGAGUAUGUUGUUUAUGUCACCUAUGUUGAGUUGGAGGAGUAGUACUAUAUAUAUGCGACUCUUGUCGCAAAUAAAUGGAGAAAUAUGUAAUAAGAAUGGAAGAAUAAGAUGGAAAUUACUGAAUUUUCAUUUUUUU